AUUCGGAUGGUAUUGAAAAAAAUAAAAAAACACUUUUGUUCUCGUCGUUCGAAUCGAAUAGAACAUGGCGGUGCUGAGCAGGACGUGUUGAAGAUUACAGUUUUUGCAUUCGCGAUUAGCAAUAUCAAUAAGCAAUAUUUAUAGUAAAAUUUUACCGUUCUGUGAAUUAUUGUUACUAUUUUUAGUUCAGCAUAGUGUUCUAGACAUUUAGAAUUUUUCAAUGAUAUUGCAAUGAAAAUUAUUACUUCACUGGUGGUGUAAAAAUAAUUGUGACAAAUAUAGCACAUUAUUUCAGGAAGCCGUGGAGGUCAUGGCUACACUCAUCCAAGAGAAUGGUAUUAAAGAAUUAAGCAAAGCUACACAUGGAGUAGUUAGUAACCAUGGAAUGUCUAAUCAUACACAUACAAUGCCUAGACACAUGGUACCCGACCAUGAAUAUUGUGAAGCAGGUAAUCCUGGACAGCCACCACAACAGGGCCUGGAUGUUGGAGAUGGAGUUCAGCCAAUGGCACAAGAAGAAGAGGAAGAAACUCCAGAAAUUGACAUAGUGAUAAACAAUGUUGUGUGUAGUUUUAGUGUUAAGUGCCACCUGAACUUGAGACAGAUUGCGUUGAAUGGUGUGAAUGUUGAAUUUCGACGCGAAAAUGGUAUGGUGACUAUGAAGCUGCGACGUCCUUACACGACUGCAUCAAUUUGGUCGUCAGGACGCAUUACAUGCACAGGUGCAACAAGUGAAGACCAAGCUAAAAUAGCAGCAAGGAGAUAUGCUCGGGCACUACAAAAGCUUGGUUUUCAAGCACGCUUCAGGAACUUUCGGGUAGUCAAUGUUCUUGGGACCUGUCGAAUGCCCUUUGGAAUUAAGAUCAUAGCAUUUUCAAAAAAAUAUAAGGAAGCAGACUAUGAACCAGAACUGCAUCCUGGUGUGACAUACAAACUGUAUAAUCCUAAGGCCACAUUGAAGAUAUUCUCUACGGGUGGAGUCACAAUUACAGCCCGCAGCGUGAACGACGUACAGUCAGCCGUCGAGCGCAUUUUCCCACUGGUGUACGAGUUCCGUAAGCCUCGUUCCGCAGCCGACGAAGAGGCGCUGCGGCAGAAGCGUGCCGCCCGCAACCGUCCGCCCGUGGAACUCCAGCCCCGCAGAGAGAAACCCCAAGACAACAUGAUCCUUGUCACCCUCUCCGAAGAAGAGAACGAAUGGGAGUGACCCGCUACCACCCAAAUACACCAGUUUGAGCAAUAACUAUCGGUUGUCAAUGAAUUGUCGGUUCGGUUCAUGCCAAAGAUAUUUAUUAGAGCGGGUCCUUCAGCUUCGUUCGAGCCGCGGCGACGCUUUGACUAUUGCGAUCGGAGGCCUAUUCCGAAACGUCAACCGAAUUAAUCUCUCUUAAUAAUUCUGAUUAACUCGAGAAACGUUUUGGAGUACGCGCCUCGGUGAUCCGAAACCAAAUCGUAGAGAAUAAAUCUCAAUAACGAUACUCAGUCUUUUCAUUUGCCGUUUCGUAGUGAUAAUAGUGUUCACAAUUGUUCUUAAGAUGUGAUGACUGAAUGAUGUUAGAUUAGUGAUUGUAAAUACAGCUUAGACAUUAUACGUUUCAAUAAA